GGCUAGCUCAGCAGAGCAGGACAGUUGCAGAGUGCUCUUCUGCUCGAAAACGACGCCUGCUGCAAAGCUAGGAGGAAGGCACUCUUGAAGGCGCAGUGGAAGGCACAGACCUCGUUGGUCACUCGCCUGUUGCGCUUCUGAGACAUGGCUUCCGUCCAGGAAUGCAGGGGUGCUCUGGUGGGAGCUGGCCCUUUGACGGUGCUCGUGGUUGGCCCUGCUGGGGCUGGCAAGAGCUCCACUGUGAAUGCGGUCUUCGGGAGACAUUUCCUGGCGGCGAAGCCUGCUGAGGCUUCCGCCGGUCGCUUCAAGCUCGAGGAGUGCGUGCAGACCAUCAAUGGUUCCAAGGUCGUCGUGCUCGAGGCCUCUGGCCUGAGCAAGGCUAAGGAUGUAGAGGAGCUCCGUAAGAGCCUGUCCAAGAAGCGGAAGACGGUGGACCUCGUGCUGCUCGUAGAGGCUCUGCAGCAGGCCGGCAGUGUGGAUGUGGCCAGCGAGAUGGGAGCCAAGUUUGGCGCGCAGCUGCUUAAUGCUGCGGUGCCUGUCUUUGCCUGCGGCCACGUUCAGGAGGAGGCCGAUGAAGAGAGCAAGGCUCUGUAUGCCAAGCGCAGCGCUGCUGUUCUCGCUGCCUUCGGCGCAAACGGCGCUGAGGUGCCGUCCAGGGUCAUUCCUCUGGAGCUGGAGGGUGCUUCAGUCUGCGAGGAGGGUUUGAAGGUGGUUCUGGAGGAGAUGCGCCGCGUGCGCGCUCAGAAGACGCCAGCAUUUGUCCCUGCCACCACUAUGGACGCUGACCUCAAGGACCUGAGCCUGGUCAUGGACCACAACAUGUCGGUCGCCAGCUUCAAUGCUGCCCCCGCGUUCCUGCCCAAGCAGGCGCCUGUGAAGGUCGUGCGCGCCCCCACUAAGGAGGCCGCCCCUGCGCCCCCCGCCAAGCUCGCGGAGGCAGCCCCCAAGGCCCCGGUGCAGCAGUCGUUCCCCGCGCCUCCGCCCAACGUCGCGGGCGCCGCCUCGAUCUCAAUCGCCGUGCAGUCGGCCGCGAGCAUGCUCGCGCCUGCCUUGCAGGCUGCCGCAGCUACCCAGGUCAAGAAGCUGCGUAACCUCCGUGGGGGUGUCCCUAUGAUCGCCCCCCGGUCCCCAAUCGACUGCCCCGCGAUCAAGGUCACCAAGACGCUCGUGCCGGCGAGGGACGCGGCCGCGAGCAAGACGACCAUGCUGUCGUCGGCGGCGAGCUCGUUCGCGCCCGUCGCGGCGGCUGUUUUGGCGCCGAGCAAGCCGGCGGCGAACAACAAGCUCAUGGGGCUGUCGGCGUUCCCCGACAUGCAGAAGCUGCGGGGGGGCGACUUCGCCGGGCCUGCGGGCGCGGCAGCGGCGCGCAACGUGUCCAUUGUCUGGUUCAGGAACGACCUGCGCGUCCACGACAACGAGGCUUUGGCCAUGGCUCAGCAGGCGUCGAGCUCCAUCGUGCCGGUGUACUGCUUCGACCCCCGUGACUACGGCAAGUCUUCGAGCGGUUUCGACAAGACGGGGCCGUACCGGGCCAAGUUCCUCAUCGAGUGCGUCGCAGACCUGCGCAAGAACCUGCGGGAGAGGGGCAGCGAGCUGGUUGUCAGGAUCGGGAAGCCGGAGGAGGUCCUGGCUGACCUGGCGCGCAAGACUGGCGCCAAGACGCUGUUUGCGCACCAGGAGGUGACGCACGAGGAACUGCAGUCGGAGCGCAAGGUGUGCGCGGCGCUCAAGGACGCGGGCGUGCAGGCCAAGUUCUUCUGGGGCAGCACGCUGUACCACAUCGACGACCUGCCCUUCAAGCUGGAGAGCAUGCCCUCCAAUUACGCCGGCUUCAGGGAGCAGGUGAAGGACCUGAAGGUGCGCAAGACCGCGGCCGCGCUCAAGACGCUCAAGGGCCUGCCGAAGCUGAGCAGCGUCGAGGUCGGGAAGGUGCCUACCCUGCAGGACCUCGGCCUAGACGCCUCAAAGUCCACCCGGCAUGAGACUGGAGCCCAGGCCCUGAUUGGAGGAGAGUCGGAGGCCCUCGACAGGCUUAAGAGCUUUGUAGCGGAUGCAACCGCCGGCGCCAAGAAGGCCGCCGACAACCUGAACGGCGCCAACUUCUCGUGCAAGAUCUCGCCCUGGCUGGCGAUGGGCUGCCUGUCUCCCCGCCGCAUGUAUGAGGACCUGGCCGCCAGCGGGGGCGCCCGGGCCAUCACCGCCACGGCGCAAAAGUCGCCCUCGGAGGAUGCGAACGGCCUCAGCUGGCUGACGUUCGAGCUGCUGUGGAGGGACUUCUUCAGGUUCAUCACCAAGAAGUAUGGCACUGCCAACAAGAGUGCAAGCACCGCAGCAUCCCCCGCUUCCGCUAUGGCUGUCGCUGUCUAGAGGUAUAAGCUAUUGCGCCUCGAGAGGAACGGAGGAGAGGAAGUGUGUAGGUUCAAUAUUGCCUGCUGAGCCAGACCUGUCGCUGUCGAUCGUCAGUAGGUGUCUCGGGCAAGGCCAAGAGCUGGCGGCUGGUAGUUAGAUCGAGCAGGCCUCUGUACAGUGACUCAAGAUCUGCUGGCCCAUUAGGCCGCCACUGAAUUGUCAAGACCUCGAGGGAAUGCACAAAGAGUCAUCGGUUUACUCUCUUGCUGUUGGAAGCGAUUCGCAGCCCUCAUAUCUCUUGCAGCAGAAGCCCGACGGCGAGCCUGACGUACGCUGCUAUGGGAUUGUCCGUGUAAAUACGUGACGCA